UGAUGAGCUCUCGGCUUUCAAGUUUCAGUCUCGCGUCUGAUGUCGACAGACACGGACGUGUUUUGUGCUUGUUUUGUAUUAGUAUUCAGUUAUUCCGGAUGAAUACAUAAAAGUGUAUAAUGAUCAUGACUUGUGAUAAUAAUUUGUUGGUGUGUGAUUGAUGUGAUCAUAAAUUGUGGGUUACCGUUGGAAUAAUCAGCCAACGGUAUGAAAGGACAACCGGUUUGGACAACUUCACCUCCUGGCGAGCCUCUAGUUCGUGCCCCGUUGGGAAAGCCAAGAUGUCCGCCGGCUAUUUCCCGCCUGCGCGUAGAAAAAGUGGAGGGCGGUUUGGCUGUAGCUGGCGUGGUUGUUGCCGCCAACUGUCAAAUCAUUCUGCCAAUAUUUGGUUUCCUCUUUAUGCUUGUGGGAUGCGUUCUUACUGCGGCGUCAUAUCGCGGUUGCGGUGAGAAUGAACAGCCAGACCACUACGCAGCACGUAUUGCCUUCACUGGGAACUCUCGAGUACUGGGUCCGGUGUGCAUCGUGGCUGGAGCCCUCAUGACCAUAGCUGGAAUCGUUCUCUGCAUGUUAAUGAGGGCUGCGCAACGCCGACAACGUCGUUUGGCCUACCGCUGUCCGAUACACGGAGACUUUUAUCCAUUGAGUCCACAAAACACUAGAAAAUUUUCAAGAAGUCCUAGAAGUCUCUGGCGUGCUCUCCGUGGCUGGCUAGGUAUGGUAGAGGACAGUGAAACGCCGCGCUGUCCGCGCUCGACUGAGCCAGCUUCACCGGCGCGGGCUGAUGCUCCCUGCCCUCCUCCCUUGCCCUUCCUCGUCCCUAGCGACUCCGUUGUUGGAAUGGCGUCGGUUCUUGGCGCCCCUCUGAGCCCUGAACAAACGUUUGGCUCAAUAAAAUCGUUAGCGAUAUCGAGGGAAGUUGCCAGCUUCCCUCUCUCACGAUCUCCGACUCCUCCUCCAUUAAGUUGUCCUCCAUUCAAAGAAGAACCGAAGGGCGACAUACCCAACGCAGUGCCAUCACAGUUCAAUUGCGGUUCACAAAAAUGCAACUAUCGCGUUUUAGAAUGUAAGCUGACCACAACAGGCGAGUUACAACGCACCGCAUUCACAGACAAAGUAGGGAACACCACAGAGAAACAAACAUCUGCUGUUUGUAUCACAAUACAAGAUGGCAGCAAAGGCUAGAUCAAUCAAUUUAGAUUUUAAUUUGACGCCAACGGCUAAAAUGACUGCGUAGUUUUAAUGUGUGUUUCAUAAUGUGAUUCAAUGACUCUACAACCACUGACUUAAUACAAUGGUCAGUGAAUUCUAUAGACAAUGGCUGUUAUGGUUCAAAAAUCGCUGCGUAAAAUGUGUUCCCAUGGUAGAUAAAAAAAAUCGGUAAACAGAGACAUUACAAAUAGAUUCACGGCUCAAAAUUCACUUUGGUCUUCCGCUGGUCAUGGUAAACUUCUGAAUGAUUUUGCUAGAUUUUGCCCUUGACACGAACACGAAUACGAACGUACAUAGUGUACGAAUUCUCUGUUAUUGAGAUUUUUAUGUUUAUAUGUUUGCAUUUAUGAAUGUACGUUUGGUAUUUAUUGGUUUAUUAAUAAAACUAUGUAAAUAUAAUUUUUAAAGAUAUAACAUUAUAGCAAUGUGAUCUAGAAACUACACUUAAUCGUGUAAUAAAAGGCCGAUUUAGAUCUAUCUUGACUUAUCUGGUUAGAACGGCUGCAAAUUAAACGUAUUCGAAAGUAAAUAACAAGCAUAUGUCCUGUUUUUUUUUGUAUUUUGGCAACAUUACUAAUAUCAUAUUAAUUGACAAUCUUUGGCCUAAGGGUCUUGAUACCAGGCCAUAAACUCCAAAAAAAAAUUUGACAAUCUAUUGUGUUUGCUAAUAACGGGCUAAGUAAAAAAAAGGAUAUUAUUAAAAGCAAUUUAAUUUACGAACUAAACAUCUUGGAGUUCUAGUCCACAUUAAAUACAAAUUCUUAGCACUAGUUAAUUCCUCCUAUCUUUGUAAGGUAACCAACCGGUUCAUUUGUCAAGUAGUUAUUGCGUUCAGAUAUUGAUGAUUCACAUUAGGUACCUACCUAAUAUUGACAAAUAUUCAUUUAAUAUUUACAUAAUUAAAAAUAAGAAGGAUUUCGCUACGUUAUAUUCAUUCAUCUAUUUUAUUUAAGUCACUAAAUUAUUAGUUAUUGAUUACAAAAUAUGACUAAAAUAUUAGGUACCUACAACUAUAACCAUUAAUAAACAAUAAUUAAUCGGUAUGUAAGUAGGUAGUGAAUAGAUUUUGAAAAUUAUAUACAGUAAUGACUUUUUAUGGAACAGUGAGUUUUUUACAGUUGUCACAUGAAUGUUAGAGAAACAAAUACUAGAUCUAAACGAAUGUGAAGUAAAAUCUGUAAUGUAAACGUGUAACAAUUUUUAGUUAUUCAUACAGUGUUUCGAAGCAAUUCAAACUUGGAAGUUGUUGUUUUACGUAAAUACAAAUUAUACGUAGCUAUGGUAUCCAGGAUAAUUUAAAUAUAUGUGAUAAUUCUUAUACAUCUGUAACAUAUAAUAUACUUACACAAUAUAUAUUAAAGGCAAUAAGUUGUUUAUUUAUACAUUUGUUAUAUACAAUAUUAUCAUGGAAUAAAAUCUUUUGUAUAUAUACCUAAUAAAUAUACCUACAUCAUACAAAACUUUUAUUCCACGAUUAUCAGUCAAGUACCUAGUGUUAAUUUACUUACCGUGUAAUAGGUAGGUACAUAACCCUUUUAUUUAAUUAUGAUUAUGACCUAAUUGAUCUUUUGCAAUGUCUACAAGCAAAAUUAUGUCAUUCAUGUCAUGAAAUUUUAAUUUGACGUUCAUAAAUUAAUUAACUUAAUUAAACCUGCACGCACAACGGAAGUGAAACAAAAACUUGGUUGUCUGUAAAGUCGAUUUACGGACGAUAAUUUUACGUAAUAAUGUCGUAAGAUAACAUAUUACGAUCGUUUAUACUAGUCAUAAUAAGAGUUUUUGACUUUCAUUAAGUUUUCAUAACCUAUUUUGAAUAAAUAAUUUGAAUUUGAUGCUACUUAAACCCUCUUAAAAUGCAAGAAUCUAUCGUGCCUCUAUCUCUUGUUUCACGUAGCGGGCAUUCAUCGAUUUAUCAGACGAUAUUUUUUUAAUAUCUGUGCUGUCAAAAUGAAACUACAAAUCCAUGUGAUUACAGAAUUAAUUGAGGCAUGGGCCUCGACAACACUAAUUGCUAAGCUUUAAAGUCAAGUUUGUCGCCUAUUUUGUAUCACUUCCGUAUCGAGCAUUUUCUCUCUCCACGGUGAUUCAAGUUUAUGUGUCUCGUUUUAGUUGGAUAUCUAUUUUAUAAGUUAGAUCUUAUCCCAGAAUAAUAUCUAGUGAUUAAAAGUAUUUACUUCAAUGGGUAGACAUUUAAUUUCUGUAAUUCAUUUUAAAAAUUAGAUUCAAUUGGAAUUUGAAAAAUUGUUUUUUGAAAUGUUAUUUUUUUAAGAUUUUAUGGCCUGGUUUAAAUGUUAUUGACUUAAUCACAAAUGUAGCUCAAUGGUCUGGCUGUAUAACGAGGCUCAGUUUUGCUCAGUAAUUUUUAUUUGAUUUUACUUACGUAAAAGCCAAAUAAGUGUUGCCAAAUAAAAUUCGUCGCGCCCUAAUAAUGUUAUGCCUACCCAAUAUAACCGUGCUUGUAGUGUUUGAAAUUGUGCUCACAAAAGACAAUUUAGGUAACUAAUGUGAUACAUGUGUUUAAAUAAUAUAAACCAAUACUUUGUCGUAAUGUUGUUAUUAUUUGUGAUCAUGGCAUUAUUGCCAAAUUAUUUUUAUUGACUCGUAGUUAAUGUAAUUUUUAUAACUGAAAAGUAGGUAAGUUAUAAUUAUGCCUAGACUCUUUAGUAGGUUUAUACAUAAGCUUAGGUUUAAAAUAUACAUAAGUAUUGUUCCAUUCGUAAAAUGAAGUGAAAAUAUAAUUUAAGGUUUUAAAAUG